AUGUUGAACAAAGUUAACCAUGAUAAAAAGUGGUUAUUACCACUAAUAACCAUAUUAUACGCUCUAUUUGUGUUUAUUUUACCAUUUACUAAUACUACAUCUAAUAGAAAUAUAGUCCAUGCUGCAUCUUCAGAUAACGAUAGUAACAACUAUGGUACUGUUAUUGGUAUCGAUUUAGGUACUACUUAUUCCUGUGUUGCAGUUAUGAAGCAUGGUAAAACUGAAAUCAUACCUAACGAACAAGGUAACAGAAUUACCCCAUCCUACGUAGCUUUCACCCCAGAAGAAAGAUUAAUCGGUGAUGCCGCCAAAAACCAAGUUGCAUCCAACCCAACAAACACUAUAUUCGAUAUCAAGAGAUUGAUUGGUUUGAAAUAUGAUGACAAAUCUGUCCAAAGAGAUAUAAAACAUUUACCAUACAAGAUCGAAAAAGAUUCCAAGACUGGCAAGCCGGUUGUUGAGGUUUCCGUCAAGGACAAAUUGACUUCUUUUACUCCGGAAGAGAUUAGUGGUAUGAUUCUAGGGAAAAUGAAACAAAUUGCUGAGGACUACUUGGGUGAAAAAGUUACUCAUGCAGUUGUUACUGUUCCUGCCUACUUCAACGAUGCUCAAAGACAGGCCACCAAAGAUGCUGGUACCAUUGCUGGCUUAAAUAUUUUAAGAAUUGUUAAUGAACCAACUGCAGCAGCUAUUGCCUAUGGAUUAGACAAGUCUAAUGAUAGUGAUGGUGAUGAACGCCAAAUUAUCGUCUAUGACUUAGGUGGUGGUACUUUUGAUGUCUCCCUAUUAACAAUUGAAAAUGGUGUUUUCGAAGUUCAAGCCACUGCUGGUGACACUCAUUUGGGUGGUGAAGAUUUCGACUUUAAAGUUGUUCGUUACUUCAUUAAAUUGUUCAAAAAGAGACAUCCUGAGUUAACCGAUGCCAAAUACGACUUGCUGAAGAACGAAAAGGCUUUGGCCAAGUUAAAGAAGGAAGUUGAAAAGGCCAAGAGAGCUUUAUCUAGUCAAAUGUCUACCAGAGUGGAAAUUGACUCCUUAAUUGAUGGCAUUGAUUUCAGUGAAACUUUAACCAGAGCUAAAUUUGAAGAAAUAAAUAUGGACUUGUUUAAGAAGACUAUAAAACCAGUGGAAAAAGUCUUGAGUGAUUCAGGCUUAGACAAAAAAGACAUUGAUGACAUCGUCCUUGUUGGUGGUUCUACCAGAAUUCCUAAAGUUCAAGAAUUAUUGGAAAAGUUCUUUGAUGGCAAAAAAGUCUCAAAGGGUAUCAACCCAGAUGAAGCUGUCGCUUACGGUGCUGCAGUUCAAGGUGGUAUUCUAUCUGGUGAGGAAGGUGUUGAAGAUAUAGUUUUGUUGGAUGUUAAUCCAUUGACUUUGGGUAUUGAAACCACUGGUGGUGUGAUGACCACACUAAUUAAAAGGAACACUGCUAUCCCAACUAGAAAAUCUCAAAUCUUUAGUACAGCUGUUGACAACCAGCCAACUGUCUCUAUUAAGGUCUAUGAAGGUGAAAGAAGUUUAGUCAAGCACAAUAAUUUGCUAGGAACUUUUGAAUUAACCGGUAUUCCACCAUCUCCAAGAGGUGUCCCACAAAUCGAGGUCACAUUUUUCUUGGAUUCUAACGGUAUUUUGACUGUUUCUGCCACUGAUAAAGGUACUGGUAAGAGUGAAUCGAUCACCAUUAAGAAUGAAAAGGGUAGAUUGAGUGAUGAGGAAAUUGAAAGAAUGGUUGAAGAGGCUGAGAAGUAUGCUAAGGAAGAUGCAGAAAUCAGAGCUAAGGUUGAAUCCAGAAAUAAAUUGGAGAACUACGCUCAUUCUUUGAAGAACCAAGUUGAAAGUGGUGAAUUGAGUGAAAAAUUGGAUCAAGAGGACAAGGAGACUAUUUUAGAUGCUGUCUCUGAUGUUUUAGAGUGGUUAGAAGACAAUGUUGAUGGCGCCACUGGUGAAGAAAUAGAUGAAAAAUUCGAAUCUCUAUCUAAAGUUGCAUUCCCAAUCACUUCAAAACUAUACGAAAACGCCGGUUCUGGUGACAAAGCAUAUGAUGAUGAGGAAGAAGACGAAGAUGAUGAUGAUGAUGAUUAUUUUGAUGAAUUGUGA